AUGUCAGUCGAAGAAAUUCCACAAGGUGCCGAAGUAAACAUCAUUUCAAAAAACGAGAAAAAAUCAAGAGAGAUUGUCAAGAAAUUCAACUUGAAGCAGGUGAAAGGGAUUUCUAGAGUGACUUUCAAGCAAAAGGGAAAUGUGAUCUACGCCAUUGACGAGCCCGAUGUUUACAAAUCUGCUGCCGGUACUUAUGUUGUGUUCGGUGAGGCGAAGGUUGAUGAUAUGACUCAGCGUCUUGCUGCUCAAGCGCAACAGCAAGCAGCUUCGUCUACAGGUGACUCCCAGACAACUGAAGAUUCGGUCGUUGACAAAUCCCCCGAAUCUAUUACCGCUGACCUCGAGAAGGCAAGUUUGAAUACUAACAAGGCUGAUGAAGUUGUUGACGAAGAAGAUGUGAAUGAAGACGGUUUGGACCCUUCCGAUAUUGACAUCAUUGUUGAGCAGACCCAAGUGUCAAGGGCGAAGGCAAUCGCUGCAUUGAGGAAGCACAAGAAUGAUAUGGUGAAUGCCAUCAUGGAGUUGUCUUAG